GACGACCUCCAGCGCACGUGCUCCACAAAAGGGUCAUCCCUCUCUUCCCACGUCUUCAGACCAACACCACAGUAGAAACACCGGACACAGUCGGAGUAACCUGCAAUUAAGGAGAGGGUUCUGAGGAGACAAUACUACGUGCCCUGGAGUGACAUGAUUGACUAUGAAGCCUAUGAAGACCAUGAAGACUGGUCAUUAUACCACUGAGGACAUUCAAAACAUCCCAGAUAUUCUGAAGGAUUUGAAUGUCCAAGACCUGCAAGAAGAUCCGGAUCGUCUGUCCCUCCAGGACAGAUGUGAGAUGUGCUUGUUCCAAGGGCGAGGGGAAGCUAAGCACUCGGAGUACAAGGACGCUCUCCGGAGACGGGAGUCUUAUGGUGGGACUCCAGUCAGAGGACAUUCCCCACAGUCCCUGGCAGAGAGUGGCUUGUUCCGGUCGGCGUCAGGAACCGUCACGUGCUAUCAGUGUGGGCAGUCGUUGAGACUUGUGCCGGGUGAAGAUCCAGCUUACAAGCAUGCUGAUCUGUACCGGAACUGCAGCCAUGUCUGGAGGAUGCUGGGAAGACGGUCCAGGCGUGAGUUGGAAGCGUCUGUUUCCCCAUCUGUUGCUGUUGUCGCAGUACGACGCCGACUCUUCUCGACAUAGGCAGCAACACUUUUUAGGGCUAUAGACAACAGUUUUAAACUUACCAGAAUUGAAGAUUCAUAUUGGAUCGUGGAUUUUCGAACUAAAAUUAAAUGAAUACAAGACAGAGGGUAUGAUUGUUGGAACAAGAAACAUGUUAGUAAAAUCACAACAUGUUGAGUUGAAAGUUGGAAACAAGGUCAUUCAGCCUUCUCUACAUGUCAAAAAUCUUGGCGUCCUACUCCAACCUGACCUAUCCAUGAAGAAACAGAUUCUGGAUCUGUCUCUCCUUACAUGCCAACAAGAACUCUGCGUUCAUCCUCGGCUAAUCUGCUCUGUGUACUAAAGUGGAACCUCAAAUCACUUGGCUGCAAGUCUUACCAGAACAUGGCAUCAGUCAAAUUGAAUUGCCUCCCUGAUGAACUUAAGCUGUCUCCAACCCUUGAAAAUUUUAAGUGUCAUCUCAAAACCUUUCUUUACAAAACGUUCUAUGGACUUCAAUAAUGCCUUAUUGAUUGUUAGCGCUAUGAGGCAUACCUGGUGGUGAGGUGGUGAAAAGGUUUUAUAGUUAAUCCGUUGACUAAUCGUGGCAAAUAGUGCUCAUCAGUCGAAAAAAGCAGAAAUAGAUGCCUUUGUAAGUAAAGUUUGGGUAUAACACUGAAAACAUUCCACAUAUAUAUUUAUAUUUUAUAAUGUUCAUCAAUUUUCAUCGGGCGUCUAGCGGUCAACCUGACGUUAAACAGUCUACCGUUUUGCGGAUGGUAAGAUCCGAUUUCAGCCGUAGAACCACAAACCGAGAAAAUUCGCAUAUCGGAAACAGAAGAAACGUUUUGCUGAGAUUUGUAGAAAAACUUCAGUACUGAAUAAAAAUAUAUUUUGA